AUGCUGGGGUUGGAGGGUCUUCAGGAGAUCUUCGAGCGGCCGGGCUGGUGGCGCCGCCCGCCGGCCAUGGCCCUCUGGGCGCUCCUGGGCGCGUCCCUGGCGCUGAUCCUCUUCGGGAAGGUUCUGGACAGGAAGUUUCAGAGAACGGGCCUUUGGCGGGACGAGUACUUCCUGACGGAACUGCCUCCGCUGACCUCCUGCGGCUCCUGCGGCUCCUGCGGCUCCUGCGGCUCCUGCGGCUCCUGCGGCUCCUGCGUUCCUGGCUUCCUGCACUUUCAAGGCAGCGACCAGCACAGCUCACAGAACACGCCAGAACCGAACCGCUUGCCUCACCUGCAAUCUGGGCUCUAUGUGACCCGUCUUCGCAACUUCCAGAAGAAGCUGCGGCCUGCACUUGGGCAGCAAUUUCGGGAUCGGAUUCUGUGUCAAAACACGCUCUUGGAGGUUGCGCGCCGGAAAAAACUGUAUGCCAGCUCCAUAACUUCACACAUCUGGGGCAGGAGUGGCUGGGUGCAAGGCAGUCUCGCAGUGCAGAAGUCGUCUCAGCUGAAAGCACUGGCCGUGGACUUCGAAGAGUGCCUGCCGAAAGCUUUCGUUCGCAUGCACGACUCUCGCUUGCGCCGGCUGUGGACGGUGCUAGUUGCCACGCACCCCGUGGUUGAGCUUGGCAUGUGCGAUCUGCAUGUCGCUUGCACCAAGCGAGCGAAAAUCAUCAUGGACUGCCUCGUUGGGUCCUUGGCAUUCGUCGCUUUGUUCUUUUCCGUGGAUGGCACUGCUGUGGCGGCACGGAGCCCCGCCGACUGCCCCUUUCAGCAGGGGACGCCUUUGUGGUAUAUCUUCGUCUCUUUACUGUCGGUCUCUUUCAAUUUCAUUCCCAGAAGCCUCGAAUCCUAUUUUGCUUAUCGCAGCUUCGUGCAAGAGAGCCACGGCCAUCGACAGCUCCAGAUGUGGAUGAGACGAUGCAAGGACGUCGGCUUUUGGCUGUUCAGUUUCUGUCUUUCCCUCUUGUACUUAUUGAUCAUCUUCGCUUUUCUGGCGAACUUGUCGGAGGCAGAUGAGUGGAAGUGGAUGUUCAGCUUUUCCGUGGUGCUUCUGCGGAAGCUUGUGAUCGUGCCGUUGCUGGCGUCCCUCUUCUCAGGACUUGGGACAGAGCUCAGCAUUUGGACGGAAGGUCGUGUGAAGCCGCCCAAGAAGUUCGGCCUCGAUCUUCAAUUGGCUGAACAGGAAGUUGCCGCUUUGGAUCCCCUGGAUAGGCCAGUCUGGGAUGGGAAAGUGCAGGAGCUGGCAGGGCGUGGUGUAAGCAUCCGACAGCUGCUCGACUUCUACGCGGGUCUGGGGUACGAGUUCAUGGAACAUUUUGAUGUGGAUCAGUCGACAACGAACGACGUCGUUCGGCAGGCCAUAAUCCCCAGAUCAUUGCAGGUCAGACAGAGCCGUUGCUUUACCGUCGUCGUCCAUCGCGCCGAUGGGCUAGUAGGUGGAGACCUCGUGAGCGCUCCGGACUUUUGCUGCGAGGUCUCUGUGAAAGGGAAGGGAGGAUUUCUGAAGCCUUGGAAAGGUGGAGGGACGGCCCCCCUGAAGAACAAGACCGACCCAUUUUGGGAGGAGUCGUUCCUUGCAGAGGAGGUCUUUCGAGACGAGGAUCUUGAUUUUGGCUUGGAGCCCUUCGGGCACGCGAGCCUUCCCAGCAAGGACUAUUGGAGCGAGGGCUUUUCUGGAAUCCUCCAGCUUCCCCAGGGUUCGCUCCACAUCUCGGUAUUCGUCCACCGCGCGGAAGAAUGUCUCGAAGAGAAGCUGGAAGUAGCCGAGGCCUGCGCAUCCUCUCCUUCUCCUUCAGCUUUAUCUCCCUCAGAGAGCGCAGAGCGGAGUACAAGCGAAGGUGCCGACUCGACCGACUUGCCUCUCGAGCCGAUGUCUGCCGGCAAGGUUCCGAGCUUGGUCUUGCGGGCUUCGCGGGGGAUCCUGUCGGGCGAAGAGAUUCCGGCUGCUAGGGCUAGGGGCUUCUCCUAUGCAGACACCGUGAACAAUGGCAUGCCACGCUUAGCGCACAAGAUGGUAACCCACAGUUGGCGCAACACGUUUGUGAAUCUGUUCGCAGCGGUCUUGGCGGACGCGCUGGAGAUGGAGACGUACGAUCACAUGGUCCAGCUUCUCAAAGAGCGGCAGUUUGGAAAGCUCUCCGAUGCACUGCGCGGAAAGGGUAAGCUGGACGUCCCGUACUGGAUCUGUGCGUUUUCUGUGAACCAGCAUGCAGGCAUCUGUGCGACGGCCCCACCCAUGGACUCCACGGGUCAUGCCAUCACCCCGUGCAGCUGUGCCACUGCCAAGCACUUCGAUGGGGACCUAAGCGAGAUGAACAAGUUCGACGACAUGAUGGCCUACCUCAGAAGAGCGUUGCGAACCCAAACCGAGGUACGGCUCGAGCAAGUGGUCGCCAUGGAAGUAGACUUCACCCUGCUUACUCGCGUCUCCUGGUAUGCGGAAGCAGAGAUAGAAUGA